ACCGGGAAGGUUAAUCCAGCUUGGACCUCUACCACCACUGCGUUACUCAUCAUUUGCAGGACUGAGUACCGCGACUUUGUUUCCAAGGAUCCUUACUGUGCUCCCGAUAUUCACAUAUUAGCUGUUGGUCACCAGCGCCGCGGUAAUUGCUGCGCUGCACUCUCCAUCGCGGUCACAACACAACUUGAAUCACAUUGUAGGCACUUUCAUCUGGCAAUGCGGCGGCAUGCUGCGGACUGGGAAGACAUAUGCUCAGCGCAUAAUGGCAUGGCUUCUCAGGUAAUUAUCAGCACAUCCCACGCAGUCAAUGUCGUGCUGUCAACCCAGGAUGAGCACGGAACAAAACACGGUACCUUCCACAAUUUCAUCAGAUACAGCCGUGGUUCAUACACAAUAUGACAUGGACAACGUGCCAACCGUGCCAGGUCCUGGCUGGACACGAUUCAUAUGUAUCAGUGAUACACAUAGCCGCACAUUCCAGAUCCCCCCUGGUGACGUUCUUCUGCACGGCGGUGAUUUAACUCAAACUGGUACCUUCAAACAAUUUGAAAGUACUGUCAAUUGGUUAAAGGGUCUUCCUCACCCCAAGAAAAUUAUCAUUGCCGGAAAUCACGAUCUGUCAUUGGACCAUCAUGACGAAUGGUAUGAUACACAUUAUCAGCGUUGGCAUGGUCAAGAAAAAGAGGACGUCCAGGCCAUUCGCGAACUCUUAGUUGGCAGGGAAGCGAAGGCUUCCGGCCUAGUCUACCUUCAAGAGGAGGUAUUUCAGUUCCGAACCAAAGAAAAUGGAAGGCUAUGGUCUGUGUACGGUUCACCGUGGUCGCCGUAUUUCGCAGGAUGGGGUUUCAAUUAUCGCAGGAACGAGGCACAAAGAUUCGUCUCUGCUAUACCUAAGAGCGAUAUUAUGUAUGUUAUUUCUGACUAUUCUCGUCACAUUCUUGUCUGGUCCAGAUCACGACGUUAUCAUAGUCUCACCCAUGGUCCGCCCUUUGGCAUAUUUGAUAGAGUCACAGCGGGAGACCGUGUAGGCUGUGAAGCUCUUGCGGACCGAUUAGUCGAGCUGCGACCGCGACUACAUGUCUUUGGUCAUAUUCACGAAGACCACGGAGCCGUGGUUCAUGAGUGGCCUUCCCAUGAACACGAUAUCAGCUCCGGUGCAAUGACGGUUGACGGCGAAGUACGGACCGUGUUCGUGAAUGCAGCGAACUGGCCUAUGGGACCGAAGGCAUGCCCUCAGGCAAGCGAGCAAAGUUCGGAAUGGGUCCAUACUCUCCUGUCAUUGUGGAUCUGAAGAACUAGAUAAACAACUUUAUGCACCGACUCGGUAGAAUAAUACUGAGAAGACCUGUGAAGUGUCAUCUCUGCAAAUCUGACGUCAGUAGUCGGCUGCGAGCAGCGCCCAUUCGUAUAAUUUCAUUAUAUGCCCUGCUCAGCGUAGCAUUCCCUUAUGCGUGAUAGUAAAAUUUUGUUUCUAUUUGACUGAAUAUGCACGACGUGUGGCGUAUACUUACCAUGUGUAGCUGCCUCGGUGUGAUAACUGGCGUGGAAUAUUUUGUCUACCCACGUCAUGCUGU